CGGAAGUGAGGUUUGAAAUCCAGCUCCAGCACCGCGUUGGAUGCAGAUGUUACAGAGAUGUGUGAGAACGUGAAGUUGUUUGUGGGGAACCUUCCUUUAGAUGCAACUCAUGAAGAGCUAACCAAGCUCUUUUCACCUUAUGGGGAGAUCAACACCUGCUCCUUGCUCAGACAGUAUGCUUUCGUUACCCUGAAGGGAGAGGGGGCAGCAGACAGGGCCAUACGGCAUCUAGAUGGCAAAGAGUACAGAGGCAGACCGCUUGUGGUCGAGGAGUCGCGUGCACGCCCACCCAACUCCACUAAAGUGUUUGUGGGGAACCUCAGUGCAACAUGUUCAGCAGAUGACUUGCAUGGGCUGUUCUCAACCUUCGGAAGAGUUUUAGACUGUGAUAAAGUUAAAGCCAGGUUAUGCUCAAAUGUUGGCUAUGCGUUUGUUCAUAUGGAGAGGAAGGAGGAAGCCUUGCUAGCUAUUGAUGCACUCAAUGGGACCAUGUUCAAGGGCCGUCAGCUGGCCGUAGAGCUCUCCAAGGCCCAACCCCUGAUCAACCAGAUUGCAUCGGCUGGAAAUUCAGGCGGUGUAGCAGCAGGUGGCAGAGAGGGUCUUCUUCCCCGACCACCUCCCUCACUAGAGCAUCACCAGAGUCAAGCAGCUGUGCUAGCAGCAGCUGCUGCAGCUGCCGCUGGACUACCAAUACAAGUUCAACAAAGUGUCCAUAACUCAUUCUACAACACCACAUCCUUUGACCCCACCUAUGCUGCCCUGAAGGGCAUUACAAGUGCUAAAGGUGCUGAUGGCGUGAUAUACGGCGCACUUGCCAGCCAGGUGUAUGGAUCUGUUGCUGACCAGGUGUACCAAGAUAUCACCAAUCACAACUCUGCAGCAAAUGCCCCCGUUGCUCCAGAAGUGGAGCCUCAGACUGGGCCAGAUCCAACAACACUUUUUGAGGCAGCAAGAGCCAAGUUCUUUCAGGAGGGACAGAAGGUUCUGGCAGAGCAGCAGGCAGGGAGAAAGGCAGCAGCUACAGAUAAUGAGCGUGACCGCAGCCCAAUCAGAGGGAACAGAGCCCCCCUUCUCCCAGACCCGGUUCCCGGUUCCUUUGCUCAGAUACGAACCAAGCGCCGAGCCCUGCUGCCGACACCACCUGGAGGACCUGAAGAACCUCCGGCUGCCACUACAACUACUGAAGGGUCAGAUCCUGUUGCUAGGUCUUACUCAGAGUACUACCAGCAAAUGCAUCAGUACCAACAGUAUCAACAGUACCAGCAACAGUAUCAGUACCUCCAGUAUGCCUACACCAACCCUCCUCCUCCUCCACCACCUCCACCACCACCACCGACCACCGCACAGGCCUCCACCACAGCCCCUGCACCCCCAGGGACAUAUGCGGCACCCCCAACGUACGCCUCAUCAGGAGCGUACCCACCACCAGGAACAUAUGAUGCUACGGGAAGUUACGGCGCCUCAUCGGAGGGCUAUGACGCCUCAUCAGGGAGCUACAACGCUUCAUCUGGAAACUACGAUGCCUCGGCGGGUUAUGACGCAUCAAGAGGCUACGGGGCAUCGCGAGCAUAUGAUUCAUCCGGAGCUUACGCAGCAGCGGGAAGCUACUCCGCAUCCACACCGUAUGAGCAGACACCCGCACACGGGCAAACCAUGCCCCAGCGCCAUGAUUACCCUUACCACACGCCAGAACCCCCUUAUCGAUAGUCCCACCCCCACACAAUCCUUCCACACUGCAGACGUGUGCGUGUGCGUGUGUUUGUGUGUGUGCGUGAGUGUGUGCGUGCGUGUGUGUGUGUGUGUGUGCAUGUGUAUGUAUGUGUAUUUACAUAAGGGACAGUUUGAAGAGGAAAAUCAGAGAGGGAGCAGGGUUGUAAUUCGAAUGUGCUUUUAACAAGAAGCAUCUUCCCUUUUCUUCAUUUUGUUUUCUAGCCUCGUCUCUAUCUAGCUCACCUGUCAGUUGAUGGUCGUUGAAGAAAGUUGUUGAUUUCACAGAUCAGUGAGUGGAUAUGAGUGGGACAGCUAAUAGUGUCCAGCAUUCAAAGUUGAUAGUUAAAUACAGUGUCCUGUUAGAUGUUAUAGAGGCACAGCUGGUUCCUUGUUGAAUGUUGAAGCUUUAACGUUGCCUGGGGCAAGUUUAGAUUCAGAGGCUGUAGUUCCAUCUCAUAGAUGAAGCUUUUUGAUUGGUGUUGAAUCAAAUAAGGCCUUUUAUAUACUCCAUUACAUACACAUACAUUAGCGGUUUCCUUGCAAUGUGAUGUCCAGAAUUUUUUUGAACACUAAAUUUCUAAUUGCAUCAUCACACGUUACAGGCAGGGCACAAAAUGAAAAAAAUCUGCUCACUGAUGAAGUAACGAACAGGUUGUAUCUCAUUUGAACAGAUGAACUGACGCCAUGGAAAAACAAGAAUUGGUCAUCUCCGUCCUGACCUGUUCACAGGAUUUAUAAAUCUCAUUCUUUUCAGAACUUUUCUAACAGGCAUUACUUAUGUCUUUACAGGCAGAUAUUUCUCCUUUAUGACCGUGUUAAAAUGUAUUUAAACUGACAGCUUGCGUAUUCCACACACUCGAGUGGAGUAUGUAACCGGCCUUAGUUUGAAUUCAGCUGCAUUGACCCAUUUGUCCGGACAUUAAACCCAACUGCUUGAUUGGUAAAUAGUGAGAAUGUUUGUUAAAUGACCCGAUUGUUUUGUGAGUGUGUUUUAAGGCUUGUUUCACUGAGCUGUCAGGUUUAGUGCUAAUCAAGCAAUUCACGCUCAAAGUGGUGAUGUAUCAGUCCCCCCCCCCCCCGUCGUUUUUAAGGUAAUAGGGCACAUUGGGGGUUUUUUCGGACUUGAGUUGGCAUGUCAUUCAGAUUAUGUUGCAGUCUAUUUAGCUCUGUAGCAAAGAGGGAUUUUGUGAUUUGCAUUUGGCCUGCUGGCGUUAAAUGCUUUCUUGAGCCUACCUGUUGUGUUUUCAGGGUGUGAGGAGUAACUCCAGCCAUCCUUGUAAGGGGAUAUUACCAGACUGUGAUUAUGCCUGCCUGAUGUUUCAUAGGAAGGAGUUUGAACUUUGACUUAAAUAAACAACAGGGUUAGAAAUAUAGAGUGGACGUUCAUUUCCAGCAAUUUAAAUUGAAGUACGUGACGUGGAUGUGCUUUAGGAGUGGGUUACCAUAAUGUUACCUUACUUGUGUUUUCAUACUUAUCCGAGGCUUUCUGUAUCUUCAGGUCCACAAAAAACAAAUCAAGAUGAAACAAAGACAAAGUCCCACUCACAGGCUUUUAAAUAACCUGUCCGAGUUUUUGGUCAAGGGUUGGUGUUUGCCUCUAAAACAUUCGAACAGAAUCUCAAAGUAAUUUUGUACUCUUGAACAUUUUCUUUCUUUCCAUUUCAGUUGUGUGGAUUAGUUACGAACGCAGCAGCGAAUGCAUCCACAUAGAUUUUCGGUAAUGAUCAGUUGAAUCCAGGUUUUUGAUAUUUUUCCACACCCAAGAAGAGGAGAUGUGCUUUUGAUGGUUUUGUAUGUACAUAUUUACAUUUAUAAAAACCAGAGGAAAAGCAGCAAGCAUUGUUUGGCCAAUGAUGUUAAAAUAAUCUAAGUGUAACAAAUAUACUAUAAUAAUUUCCUUUCUUCUUUUUUUUGACAUUUUCAUCACUAGCGUUUGUUUCAAUCUCAUCAGCAGUAGUCAUACCUCUGCUUUCAUGGAAACCAUUGUGAAAAAAUUAGUUUUCAUACCUGAAAAUGUACAAUUUGGUACUUCUGUAAAUACUUGAAACCUCAUGUUAAACUGAAAAGUUUGCGUCAACCAACAUUUGGUUCAACAGUAAAAAAAAAUAUUGACUGUUAAUAUAAAGAUGAAGCGAUUGUAGUUGAGUUGUUUACCAGUCUGUUAACAGAGGCGACCUGUUUUUACGGCAGUGGCUGAAAAGGUUUACCGUCAUGCUUGUAGCAUGUAGUGAGUGGUGUUAAGCCGUUGUGGCUUGUGAGUGUAUGAAUUGCGGAUUUGAGGUGCAGAUAUGAAACGGGCUUAAAUCGCAGCUUUCACCUCCAGUCAGAUGAAGAAGUUGAUAAUUUUUUUGCCAAUGUUCUAAAAUUGGAGAAGAGAUGGUUCGCCAUUUGAAAAUGAUUAAUUUGAACUGAGGACAAGGACACGUACAUCCUUUCUAAGUGCAGUGUUGUGGCGUGAUGCUGAUGCGUGUAGUGUAGGGUUAUUGACUGGAUGUGAGGCGACAGUCUUGGUGCUGCAGGUGAAUAAUGAAGGUUGUUCUGGAUCUAGCAAGGGCCGCUGAUUUUUCUUUUUUUUCUUUUUUUUUUUUGUUUGUCCCUGAGCAGCAGUGAGAAGAGCCGAUGUCCCUUUGGGUUUUUCCUUUUCCCUCUUCUGAUCUCACGAGAAACACACACACUCAUUUUGACACAUCGUUAAGAUCACUGGCUUUUUCUCUGCAUUCAUAUCACACCUAGACUUGUAUCUAGAUAUUAUUUUAUCUGGGUUCAUUGCAUUUUAACACAUGUAAAGCAGUUUACACGUGGAAAUGAUACUAAUUAACACUUAAUUCCACCUGUAUUUUAUAUAACCUUCAGCAGCUGUUCCGUUCGUGAUUGUACCACACACUAGUUACUCUUAUUAUCUUAUUCGCCACAUGAUUUGGUAUUGCUGUGCAGGUUUAAGUGACACAUAGCCUCUCUACAUUUCCACAUUAUUCCACCUUCUCCAUGUGAACUGUUAGUUGCAUGCCUUGUUGUUGCUGCUGCUCCAGCCACCUUCUUCCUCUUGCUGAUUAUUGCAGCUAGAGUGGGAGGGAGCCAAACUGAGCCCUUGCCCUGGACGUACGCCACACGCAGCUGUUGCGUGGGAUGGGGGAAAAUAGCAUCGUUAGGCCUGAAACUGCUGUGGACGAUGGGGUGUCCCCCCACUAAGGUAAACACUCAGACCACACACUCCUGCCCCUCCCCGAAACAUGCGUACACAUUUACAGACAUUCUCAUACACACAUAAAGACACACCUAUGUCCAAACUUGCUAUUCCUUACCUGUCUGCAGGGAUUUUUAUUUGUCAGGAAUUCAGAUUUUUGGACAUGGAUCUCCCGUUCGUUUCUAAAGGGAGAUUAUCUUUUUUUCCCCCCUGCUUUUGAUUUUCCUGAUCAUAAUCCUACAUUUUUCUCUCCCCCAAGCAUACAUACAUUCCUGCUCCUGAAAUACUGAUCACUCACACGUGAUCUUUUGAGGACACCUUCUUUAAGUCUAAAUCUCAAGCCUUUACUGAAGCAGGCACCUGUAUCUAACAGCCUGUCACUCAAGAGUACCAGGCAGUCAGAGCCAGAGCUGGAUGUGGGACAUGUAGGUAGAAUGGGUUGUUAUAGUUUUUGUAUAUGUGCCCCUUGGGCCACUUCGGGGUUAAGUGCCUUGCUUAAGAGCACAUCGGUAGGCCCUCCAUUUCAGAGUUGAAUAACCUGGCUCAGGAUCGGUUGCUGGUUCAACGCUCGACUCCCCCCCUCCCCCCCC